AUUCAAAGAACGAGUCAAACAGUUUUAUUUACGUUUUAACUUUUUUGCGGUUUGAAUUGUUUGGUUCUUAUUUGUUUCGGAGAAAAGGUAGGUCACAAGUUAGGUAGUUGUGUGCUGUCAGCCUGUCACUGUGGAUAAUAGUAAUACGACCACCUGCGCCCAACGCAACGAAAAACGCUAGACUGUAGUUGCUCGCGCGAAGUGGAAGGUCAAUUUGUUUGGUUGCCACUUGCCAGUUUUUUUGCUUGGUGGUUUGAUGAGAAUGCGCUAUCUUCCGGAAAUAUUGCGCUGCAUUUGUAUUGCCAGUGUUUUAACUGGAGUGAUCCCGCUGGACAGGUUGGAUGAAAAUGACAAUCCUAAACCAGCGAAAAAGAAGUCUAUACUAGAUUAUAAUGACGUUGAUAUGGAGCGAAUCUACGAACAGUGGGAGAAAGACGAAGAGCCUUUGGAACCGGAUGAACUGCCUGAACAUCUGCGGCCGUCGCCUAAGAUUGAUUUAAGCAAGCUCGAUACCAGUGAUCCAGAAAGCAUUAUCAAGAUGACUAAGAAGGGCAAAACUCUGAUGAUGUUUGUGACAGUUAGCGGAAAUCCGGAUAAGAGUGAGCUGGAAAGAAUCACGGGACUGUGGCAUACCAGUCUGUUUAAUAUGCACAUUGAAUCUCAGAGAUUUGUUGUCGACGCAAGCAGAGCGAUUUUCAUGUUCAAAGAUGGAGCGCAAGCAUGGGAGGCUAAAGAUUUCCUCGUUGAGCAGGACCAGUGCAAAGAAGUGGUUAUCGAGAACAAAAGCUAUCCAGGAAAGCAUUUUGAAACAGACAACACAAAGGAUGAGUUAUAGAUAAUAGUAGUGUGACUUUUUGACUGUGUUUAUUGGUAAGCAUUUUGGGCUCAUGAUAACGCUCAUCCAAAUCUUCCAUGUGCCAAUUGGAUGCGCUUGUGUCCGGUGCAUUCGUGUUGGUGACCAAGAUGAAUGGUUGUUAAUUGAUUUUAAUUGUUGUAACUCGCCAUCGAGCUGUUUGUUGGUAUUAUUAUUUCUUGUUGCUUCACACUUGUUUUGACUUGAAAUUUUUAUUUAGAGCGACGGUGAAUACUCUUCUUUCCGGUGAUCUGAUUAAACUCAUUGGUCUUUG